UCUUUAUUAGUAUGUGUCUGGGUUAACCAUGAGGGGGGCUGUUUGUCUCUUUUGUUCUCUUCAUCUCCAUCAUCUUCUUCUUCUUCUUCUUCAUCUUCUUCUUCUUCUUCAUCUUUUUUUCCUUAAUUUAUUAAACUUUUCAAACUAAUAUAUGAUUGUGAGGUAGUCAACGGCGUACGUUUCCUUUUAAAUUUGCAAGUGCAUCUCUGCUCUAUAUAUGCUCAGGAUAUGCCCUCUCAAUCGCCAUAAGCGAGUUCUCGACAAUACAGAUUUUCGAAGAUCUAAUUGAAAGCUUUGCUGUUGUUGGAACGAUCCUUCUUUGUGAUUUUACAACUAGUCAGCAUAUGCACGAGUUCCCGACUUAAUCCUAUUUAAAAUGGACUCUGCUCGUCAUCGUCUAAUGGAUUGCGGGCAAGUUGAAGGGGAAACCGUCGAUGAUGUUUACUGUGAAGCAAUACAGGAACUUCAGAAGAAAUUGGUGAGGAAACCUCCAUGGCCGUCCAAUUGUUGCAUAUUCAGAGUUCCAAGCACGAUCCGGAGGCAUAAUAAAUAUGCUUACGAACCACAAUUGGUCUCGAUAGGUCCGUACCAUCAUGGUCGCGAAAGAUUCCAACCGAUGGAAAAGUUCAAAUGCUGGUACUUGGGAUGUCUCCUUGACCGAGCCUCGACCUGCGAGUCAAGGCUGGAGUGCCUUUUCAAAGUAAUUGGAAGUAACGUGCAGCACUGCCUCGAUUGUUAUGCGGAGAAAGAUGUUAUCAGUGCUGAUGAGUUUGUCGAGAUGAUGAUAUUGGAUGGGUGUUUCGUCCUAGAGCUUUUCCGGAAGAAAGCGGGAAUUGUCCCUCAACACCCCGAUGACCCGAUAUUUAAAACAUCUUACAUGAGGAAGAUACUUUUGAGUGAUCUGCUCUUGCUCGAAAAUCAGCUUCCGUGGUACGUCCUUGAGUCGAUAUUCUACCUCACCGCUGCACACAGGGAAAGGGCUGAGAAUUCUCUUGCGGUGUUGGCCCUCAAUUUCUUCGACUUCAACACCAUCAGAAGUGGAGCGAUCAACCCCAACAUAAUCCCUGUGAACAAGCACUUGCUCGAUCUACAGCGCAACAACUUGCUCACUUCUUAUGUGAGCGUGGACCCUGAACAGACAGCCUGGCACCCUAUUCCCUGCGUGACAAAGCUUCUCCAAGCGGGAGUUUGGUUUGAGAGCGGCGAGUCAAGCGAGAUGAUGGACGUCCAAUUCAAAAAUGGUGUUAUGAGGAUCCCUCCAAUAAUGAUCCUUGAAAAUGCCGAGUCCCUGAUCAGGAACCUGAUCGCGUAUGAGCAGUGUGAUGCCACCUGUAGGGACAAGAUCACGUCCUAUGCCAUCCUCCUAAACAACCUCAUCGAGUCGGGAAGGGACCUCGACUACCUGUGCCAGAAAGGAAUCGUGACUUGCUACCUGAGCUCCGAGGAGGUCAGCAGCUUCUUCAGGAGGCUCUACAGCGAUGCUGAUGUGGUGUACUACACUUACGCGAAGCUUUCUCAGGAUGUCAACCUCUAUUGUAGGGCCCGGUGGCCUAAAUGGCGGGCUACAUUGCUGAGGGAUUAUUUUGACAACCCUUGGUCAAUCUUAUCGUUUGUCGCUGCCAUUCUCUUCCUGUUCCUUAACUUCCUACAGGUUUUGUUCUCUAUUCUUUCCUACAGGACAGCAGCUUAAUUAAUUGCUGUAAGCUGUUGAUAGCUUCUUAGUCGGAGUCUGAUUUGGUGAAAGCAAGAUCACUAUGUGUAAACAAGCUUGUCCUUCUGUACAUAUAUCAUCUAUUCAGCAUGUACAUACAUCUUUGAAGCACAAUGUAUCUUAAUUUUAUCAUAACAUUGUUAUCUCUAAUGCAAGUGUGACAUUGCUUACA